AUGUUCCAGGCUACACCGUCACCCUCCAGGCUACACCGUCAUCCUCCAGGCUACACCGUCAUCCUCCAGGCUACACCGUCACCCUUCAGCCUACACCGUCACCCUCCAGGCUACACCGUCACCCUUCAGGCUACACCGUCAUCCUCCAGGCUACACCGUCAUCCUCCGGGCUACACCGUCAUGUUCCAGGCUACACUGUCACCCUCCAGGCUACACCAUCCUCCAGGCACCGUCAUCCUCCAGGCUACGUCAUCCUCCAGGUUACACCGUCAUCCUCCAGGCUACACCGUCAUCCUCCAGGUUACACCGUCACCCUCCAGGCUACACCGUCAUCCUCCAGGCUACACCGUCACCUCCAGGCUACACCGUCACCUCCAGGCUACACCGUCACCUACACCGUCACCCUCCAGGUCAUCCUCCAGGCUGCACCGUCACCCUCCAGGCUACACCGUCACCCUCCAGGUUACUCCGUCAUCCUCCAGGCUACACCGUCACCCUCCAGGCUACACCGUCACCCUCCAGGCUACACCGUCACCCUCCGGGCUACACCGUCACCCUCCGGGCUACACCGUCACCCUCCAGGUUACACCGUCAUCCUCCGGGCUACACCGUCAUCCUCCUCACGCCUGGAUAUAA